AUGAGGAAGCUGCUAAGUACAGCUAUUAUGGACUUGAAGAAAAUAAAAGGAAAUAAUUUUGAAUCGAAACAUUGUAGUGAUAACUUAAAGUCUUUAAUUAUAAAGAAUAUCCAUAAGUUUGAAAAUGAUGAAAUUCUUAAAAUUAUUGAAAAAUACAAUGAGAAAAAUUAUAAAGAUACCAAAAUUUUAAAAUGUAGUUAUGAUGUUUUUAAAAACAAUGUACAUAGAUAUUCAUUUGAUCAAAUAAAUAAAAUUAUACGUUUAUAUAAUAUAUCAGAAAUUUAUGAUAUUGAUUUUAAUACAUCAGUUUUUAAUUAUAUUAUAAAAAGAUUGGACGCGAUCCCACCUUAUGUAAUAGUCAAUGUCUUUCACAAUUUAAUACGCUCAGGAUUAAGAGAUUACAAUAAUAUUAACCUUAUAAAGGAAUAUUUUAUUAAACAUAUAGACAAAUUCAACAACCUUGACUUAACAAUUAUAUUAAGUUCAUUUACCAUAUUACAAGAAGAAUUAUUGAAAAAAGCUUCAAAUAUAAAUAUCAAGGAUGUUUCAUUUAAUAUAUAUGAUAAGAAGAAAGAGCAUUCUUUAUGUUCUGAAGGACUAUAUGAUUAUAUGGAUAUAUUUAAAAUAAUUUUAAAUAAGAUAGAGAAAGAUAAAAAUAUUCAUGAAACCUUGAGUGUAGUAAAUUCUGUUUUAAUAUUAAAUAUGAUGAGUAGAAUAAAUCUUUGUAAUUACGAAAUAUUUAAAUUUUUUACAAAAACCUAUUAUAAAAAUUUAAACGAUAAAGAUUUAGAACCUCAUCAUUUUACCUUGUUAUUAAAUUCAUUUGCUAAAUGUAAUAUACAUAUUAAUAUUAUGAAGUAUAUAUUAAAAUAUAUGAAUAAUAAAAAUUUUAUUAAUAAUUUAUCUUAUGUAAAUAUUACUAACGCUGUUCAUUAUAUGGCUAAAUUUAAUUAUAAAAAUGCAACAUUUUUAAAUCAUUUGAAAGAUAAAGUAAUUGAAAUUAUUGAUAUCAUUCCUCAGAGAGAAUUUAGUAAUAUCAUGUGGUCCUUAGCUAAAUUACAUAUUAAAGAUGAUUAUUUUUAUUAUAUAGCUUUUCAAAAAAUCAAACAAAUUAUAGACGUAAUAGAUAUGAUGUCUAUUGCUCAAAUAUUAGAUGCCAUGAGAAGAAGAAAAAAUUUAUCGAAUGGACAAGUUAUUUCUAGCACAAUAAAAGAAAACCAGAAUUUACAAAAUCAUAUAUAUUCUCCGUUACAAGAUAUAAAAGAAACAAAAUUAAAUAAACAAAAUAUUGAUUAUAAGAAUAAUAUAGAACAUAAUAAUAAUCAUAAUGAUGAAGAAAAAGAAAUAAAUACAUCACAAACAGAAACACAGAAUAAAGAUUUAAAUAAUAAUAUACAGUCUACAUAUAAAAGCCCACAAAGUAAUAUUAUAUCAAUUGAAAAAAAUAUAAAUACAUAUAAUAUAAUAUCUGAUGAUUUAGAAAAAAAUAUUAUACAUUUAUUAGUAAAUAAAUACAUAAAACACAUACAACAUUGUUCACUUCAUGUCUUAACACAAGUGCCAUUUUGUUGCUUACAGCUUAAUUAUAUUAAUAGUGAUAUAUAUUAUAAAUCAUUAGAAAUUUUAAGAAAAAAAAGAAAUGAUAUGACAACUCUGAAUUUAAUAUAUGCAAAAUAUUUUCUUAGAAUCUUUAUUGAAAAGCAAGAAGCACAUUUUCAAAAAUUACCUCGUUCCCUUAAACAGUUUGCUAAGGAAAUUUUAAAUUCUGAUAAUAAUUAG